CCAUGGACGGAGCCCACAGAGCAGCCCUGCAGCUGCAGCAGCUCCCGCCCGCGAGCAGUGCUGACCCUGUGAGUGAGGCUUCCUUCUCCUACAAGGAAAACUUGAUCGGCGCCCUCUUGGCGAUUUUCGGACACCUUGUGGUCAGCAUUGCGCUUAACCUCCAGAAGUACUGUCACAUCCGCCUCGCGGGCUCCAAGGACCCUCGGGCCUAUUUCAAGACCAAGACAUGGUGGCUGGGCCUGUUCCUGAUGCUGCUGGGCGAGCUGGGCGUGUUUGCCUCCUACGCCUUCGCCCCGCUCUCGCUGAUUGUGCCCCUCAGCGCCGUCUCCGUGAUAGCCAGCGCCAUCAUAGGAAUCAUAUUCAUCAAAGAAAAAUGGAAACCUAAAGACUUUCUGAGGCGCUACAUCUUAUCCUUCGUUGGCUGCGGUCUGGCCAUCGUGGGCACCUACUUGCUGGUGACAUUCGCACCCAACAGUCACGAGAAGAUGACAGGCGAGAACAUCAUCAGACAUCUUGUGAGCUGGCCUUUUCUCCUGUACAUGCUCGUGGAGAUCAUUCUCUUCUGCUUGCUGCUGUACUUCUACAAGGAGAGGAACGCCAACAACAUUGUUGUGAUUCUCCUCUUGGUGGCGUUACUUGGCUCGAUGACCGUGGUGACAGUGAAGGCUGUGGCCGGGAUGCUCGUCUUGUCCAUACAGGGGAACCUGCAGCUCGACUACCCCAUCUUCUACGUCAUGUUCGUGUGCAUGGUGGCAACUGCUAUCUAUCAAGCCGCGUUUUUAGGUCAAGCCUCACAGAUGUACGACUCCUCUCUGAUUGCCAGUGUGGGCUACAUUCUCUCCACUACCGUGGCUAUCACAGCAGGCGCCAUCUUCUACCUGGACUUCCUCGGGGAGGACGUGCUACACGUCUGCAUGUUUGCACUGGGGUGCCUCAUCGCAUUCUUGGGCGUCUUCUUAAUCACACGUAACAGGAGGAAGGCCAUUCCCUUUGAGCCCUACAUUUCCAUGGAUAGCAUGCCAGGUAUGCAGAACAUGCAUGACAAAGGGAUGACCGUCCAGCCUGACCUCAAAGCUUCUUUUUCCUACGGGGCCCUGGAAAACAAUGACAACAUUUCUGAGAUCUACGCUCCCGCCACACUGCCCAUCAUGCAGGAAGAACAUGGCUCUAGAAGCGCCUCUGGGGUUCCCUAUCGCGUCCUGGAACACACCAAGAAGGAGUGAGCCCACCCUGAAGGAGACUCACCUUCUCUCCAUUUACAGCUGCUCAAGCCAUGCUGAUAGCGGUUCAACCCUUAAUUCUAAAACUUGCCUUUCAAGUCUUAUUUUUUUAAUCCAAGAACUCUGUGGACGGGGAUCUUGAAAAGGCUUUGUCUCUGGCAAAGGGUAGAUUAUCUUGGUCCUGGAAGUUUCAGAUGAUGAGGGUGGGGCUGGGGUGGGGGGCUGAAAGCAGUAUUCUAGGUGGGCAGUACAGAGUUCAGCCUCUGCCUGGUUUAGCCCAACGAGAUUUGGAAAGCGGUUGUCAUCCUUGAGGAUGGUAGCUGGGUUUCCCCAGUCAGUGACCAAAGGUGGCCACAUUCUUUAGAGCUAAAGCAGGGCAGAGAUUCUGCCCUUACUUUCCAAAUCCAUUGAAAGGCUGGAAACCUCCAAAUCUAGUCUUCCCUCACCUUAUGUGCAGGCCUGAUCUCUACCCACCUCCCUCUUGAUUCUGUACUUAAGAUAACCUUUGUGUCGCCUUCACAUGGCAUUGGUGAACCAGCCCUGGGUGUAACAUCCUGCCACUCGCCUGUAAGAAAUGCACAUCUGCUUUCUGGUGGUCUGUGCCUCCCCAGUGAAAGUGUGCUUGAUGUGUUUGUACUGGAUCCACUCUGAAAACUAAUUUGGUUUUGGUUCUGUGAACUACUUGGUUGCUUUCUUUCCCCUCAAAGGAACUGAGAAAUUAAGAGAAGAAGGGGAAGAAUAAGAAAGACAGGAGCAGGGGUGAUGAGCCUUCAGCCCAUAAAGGGAGAAAAAUCCCUUUUCAUUUUGCAAGAGGUGAUUGCAUCACCUGUAAAAGGACAGACAGACAGUCUGGCUGUUGUACGUGUAUUUUCCUGCACACCAGCGUCCUCUGGGAAAACCAGGGGUGCUCAUUUCAGAGACAGCCUCACUCACCUCUCCUCUCUCCUCUCCUCUAUAGAUUGACGAACCAAGCUUGAGUCAUUGGUUCACUUCCUUGGGGUCGAUAGACUCUGGGUCCUUAUCCCCAUGCACAUACAUCUGGGAGAAGUAGGCAUUCUCAGAAAUGGGGCUCUGCUGGCUGGCUGGCUGGCUGCGUACACGAUUGUCUUCCCCUAGACUGACUGUGUGCUUUUGAGAAUGGCAGGUAAAGGUCUGCAAACUUUAAUGAAAAUAAGGAUCCUCUAGGGAGUUUAUUUAAAAUACAGAUUCCUACACCCCAACCACAGGUACUCUGAUUAAGUGGGACUGGGACCAGGCCCAAGAGUCUGCAUUCUUAACUGGCAGCACAGGUGAUUCUGAGGCAGGUAAUCCAAGUAUCACACACCUUGAAAGCCUAAUAACUGAGAGAGACAGUCUGCUGAAACCCUGACACACCCCUGCUGGAAAGUUGGAAUUACCAUUCCUUGCUUCCUCUUGGGGGUUCAUUUGGCAGGCCAAAUCAUCCCCAUAGAAUCCAUGGCAUUUCUGCAUCCAGUGAUUACUUCUUAGAACUACACUUCCUGCUUCCCUAGGCAGCCUUGAACUAACCGGCAAGAUAACAGUGUUAAUAGACCAGUGUUGAUAGAUCAUUAACCUUUAUGGAUUGUGCUUAAUGCUGAUUUAGUACCUUGACUUCAAAGCUGAUGUCUGUUGCCUGUGAUAACCACUUCUGUAUUGUGUCUUAACCACUUCUGUAUUGUGUCUUACAUGCCUAAGAAGGCAACAGACAAUGACUUUUCUUUUCCUUUAGAAUAGGUAUCAAAACAAUAUUUAUGAGGCACUUACUAUGUGUUAAGCAUUUGGACAGUGAGGGCUACAAAUAAUAAGACCUGGUUUCUGCCCUCCAAGCCAGCCGUGAGAGACACAAAUAUCUGGUCAACUAUGGCAGGGCAGGCCGAGUGCAAUAGCCGACCACAGAAAAUGACAGUUAUGGAGGUCCUGCUAAAGGUCAGGCCCUGAGCCCAGAACUGGGUAUUCAGAAUUGGAGAUGAUUUAGGCUCCACUCAUUGAUGGGUGGCAAAUCUAGCUAAGAUUUGGGCAAAGCAUAGAAAGUAGAGUGAUCACCCCCAGGCAGAAGGGCCAGCAUUUGCAAAGACAGAGAUGGGUUGAGGCGGGUGGCAAAGGAAGAGCCAGGGUAGGUGAUGGGAAAUGAGCCUGGAAAGAUAAGCAGUGGAGGUAGAAUCAUGGAGGGACUUGAAGGCCUGGCCAAGGAGUUUAAACAUAUCCUAGAGAACAUGGGAGCCAUUGAUAGUUCACGAGGAAGAGAAUGGCAGGAUCCGCACUGAUUGGAAAGGAGGCCCUAUGCAGUUUGGAGGAAGACUCUGAAGGGGUAAUAAAAGUCACUUUUCAAGGUCCGGCUGCACAGCUGCAGGAACAAAACACAAAAGGGGAAUUAAAAUCCAAUUUCGCUGCUAUUCACAUUUUCCCAGUGAUGUUUCUAACGUGGGCCGGGAGGGGGUGUGAGGGCAGAGUGGAUAAAGGGAAGGUGAGCGGGGAGGCCAUUUAAAUGUGUCAAACCCAGGUGAUCAUUUGGUAUCUUACGUGCUCCCAGCCUUACUCUGCCCUCUUCCCUUGGUUUUGUGUUGGGUCUUUUAACCUGGAGUCAGGCAAGAGUGAUGAAUGGAUAAAAGCACAUUGUAAUCUCAGGUUAGCUGACGAUCAUGGGUUCAGUGCUACCCAGGAGCUGCCUUCAGGUUUAGGGCAACAGCCCCAGAAUUCUGACUCUGUCUUGGGCUGGCAUCCCCCAGUCUUUGUCCCUGAGUGUAAAUGGAUGGUUUGCUGGUGGCAGAUAAGCAGCACUUGCUGUUAGGGCGGGGAACAAGGGCAUCAGCUUUCCAAUCACAGCCCCGACUCUUUAUUUUUCUCAUGGCUCUCACGUCCCCAAGCCCUCUCGGCGGCUCCGGGCAACAAUACAUAUCCUGCCACCAUCUCCCUUCUCACAGCCAGUACCUAAGGCAAGGUCACCAAACUUGGGUUUCAGCUUUCCAGUUGUUCUCUGGCUUCCUCUCUCCACCCCACUCUGUUCCCCUCUUCCAAAGGCUGGGAUUCUGGGGUCCCUAAUCAGAUAUUAAAAGCAGUUCUUCACAGGUGGGUGCCUGAAGCUUUUGAAGGGAGCUUAGCCCCACUCCACCCGCCCCCAGCCCUCCCAUGAAGCUGCAGGUCUGACAUGCCAUCACAUGAAGCCUCAGGUCAUGCGAGGGUUUUGCAGGAUGGAAUUGAACACUGGGUAGGCAAGGGAGGAUUGACAUCUCCAUUGCUUUUCUGGUGGAAACGAGGCAGCUUGAUGGCACAGUGUGGAGACAAGAUGUCCAUCAGGGUAGUGUUGGGGAAUCUCCAACUCGCAGCCUUGUGAAUUCCAAAUCUGGUCCAACACUGGCUGACAGGCAAAAAAUUUUACUGUGUGUUCCUCUGAGAAGCUGUGUAAAUAAAGUCACCUUAGAAUAUAUUCUAUGUGGAUGCUCACAUUUUGUUAAUUUAGUGACUAAUGUAUGGCAUGUCUUAUUUUUCAAAAAAAUGUGUGUGCUAUGUGCAAAUAGCAUUAUGAAGUGGUAUUUAAUUAAAAAGAAAAUCCAUGUGA